CAGAGCUUUAAUCAUAUCGGCGAUGAAGCUGACAAGCUUGCUCCUCUUUAUUUUGGAAGGGGUUCCUGGUGUAAAGGCAGACCGAUACGAGGAAGGAUUGGCUGUGAAACACUGUGCGCUGUCCCUGGUAGGAGAGCCCAUCAUGUACCCAGAGAUCAAUCAGUUCCUCAGGCUUCUACACCACCACCAAAUCUCCAGCUUCCUGGUGACCAACGCGCAGUUCCCUGCGGAAAUCAGGACCCUUCAGCCUGUAACACAGCUGUAUGUCAGCGUGGAUGCCAGCACCAAAGACAGCCUGAAGAAAAUUGACCGUCCGCUCUUCAAGGAUUUUUGGCAGCGCUUUCUGGACAGUUUGAAAGCCUUGGGAGACAAGGUAUGGUAGCUAGCUGUUUCAGAA